GUAUUUUUAUAGAUGCUGUUAAGUCAUUUUUUAAAUUUUCAUAUUACAGGUACAUCAACAAAUCUCACUGAUUUUGGACAGAUACCCCAGACAGUAAUAUUUCCCUCAACUUCACCAGAGGAAGAUGUCGUGGUUGAAACCGAUAUUACUAUGCCAGUUACUCCACAGUAUGCCAGUGAAAAACAUGAGCCAGACAGUGGCAAUGAACUGUCUAGCUCUAGCCUAGACAGCCAUGAUUCAGCUACAACUUCAACUGACCAGCCAAUGGAGAAAUGUAAUCACGAGGCAGACACCUGCCUACCAUCUAAUGAGGAAAACCCUCCUCGACCCUGUACAUUAGAACUGCCCCAGUCUCUCAAUAAGCAAGACGAGGAAAACAUCACAACACUCAGGGACAGUACACAAGGAAUAGUGAAUGAGAAUGACCUCCAGUGCUGUCCUGAUCCUCCAAAGUAUAGCGACGAGAGGAGAGCAUUAGAAAUGGAUUUAGUCAAAUGUAUAGACGAAUUCCGAAGAAUUAGGAUCCCAGUAGUGUUCCCUAACAAAAAGAGGAAUUGGCAGCAUGAAUUGCUCAGAAAAUACCAGCUGUAAAGAAAAUUGAACAACUAUGUUUCACGUUAACAUUUAAAUGUGGUGGCUUUAUAAGUUGAACAAAUGGUAAAAUUGACAUUCUUUAAAAUGAAUUGGAAACUUUAUUGGGCACAAGAUCUAAAAACAUUCCAGAACAGCAAAACCAUGUGAAUAAAUGAAAAGGAUUUAGAGAUCUGAGUGUUUGUCAAAUAAAGGACAAUAGCAUUUUGAUAAGAAAAGAAA